CAUGCAGUGAAGCAUCCAUUACAUUUCAAGUGAGCGAGGAUACUUAGUAGUUGUAAUGAAACACAUGAUAUCAGCAGUUUCUCAAUCCGGGUGUCCUGCGUCUUUGAUUUGAUUUCCCUUGGCCGGCUGAGGAAUUUCAUAUUCCAAAAGGAAAAGAUUUUCAAGCAUCGAUUCCGAUCCUAAACCGGUUUACAAGGAAGUAUUCGAGCAGAGAUUCGAUCUCAGCUCAGCAGAAUCUAUAAGGAGGUGUCUCUGUUUCAUCAAAUCGAAUUUUCAGGUGCUCCCAAUCGCCCAUUCUGAUCUUUUUCCCUUGGUGGUGGUUCGAUCCGUUUUCGCUUUUUGAUUGGUGGGUUUUUGUCAGAGAUUCAUUUUAUCAUCUGGGCUAUUCUCAAUAAUGUCUGGUUUUCGUAGAUUGAUUUCGUAAUUGGGAUAGAGAUUCGGUUUCUGCUCGAAUAAAUUAAUAUAAAGGUUUCGAUUUUGUCGAAAUCAGACCUUGAGGUGCGGUUGAUCGCCUCUUACUAUUCUUCUCUGUGGUGGAUUCGAUCCGUUUUCGACUUUUACUUUGUGGUGGUUUUUCGUGGGAGGUCGAUCUUCCUUUCUGGGUUCUUAUCUUCUCUACUGAUAGAUUUUCAAGGAUUGAGAUUUGAUAUCAGCUCAGUGAAAUCAACAGCACAGGUAUUGAUUUAACUAAAAUCAGGCCACCGAGCGCUGUCAAACGCCUUCUUUUCUUAGUUUGGAUUUGAUCGAUACGGUUUUGGAUUGGUGGGUUCUCAUUAGGUUUUGCUUUUACUAUUGGGUUUUCUCCAAAUGGUCGAUUACCGUAGCUUGAUUUCAUCUUUCGAUUCCUCCAAUAGUCAGCAGGACAAAAUGGCAAAUGCAUUCAGUUCGGCCGAUCAUCAUCCCAAGCACACCAACCAACAUCAGAGGACGAAGAAAUCGCCCACUUCCUUAAACCCUUUGAAGUCGCCGCCUUGUGAACGAUCCCGCUCAGCUGCGGUUGAUAUCGUAAUCUUGAUUGCCGUGCUUGUUGCUAUUGGGGUUUUGGUAUUUCCUUCUGUGAAGCUAUUCUGCCAUGGAAUCACUCAAAUCAGUGGUGCGACUCUUUUUGCUGUAAAAGAUGAGGUGGGCCGAGCCCCAUUCGUUUAUGCGGUUCUAGGACUUGGCUUUUUAUUGGCUACAAUAGCUGUUUGGGGGAUUUUUUAUUGUACGAGUAGGAAAUGCGACAACCCAAAUUGCCGUGGGCUUCGUGAGGCAGCAGAGUUCGAUAUCCAGAUUGAGACCGAGGACUGUCUGAAGAAUUCAAGUUCUACUGCAAAAGGUGACAAUGGGAGAGGACUGUUCGAAUUGGAUGCAGCUCAUCAUAGAGAACUGGAAGCCGAGCUUAAGAAAAUGGCGCCUCUUAAUGGGAGAGCCAUUCUUGUGUUUCGGGCCAGGUGCGGAUGUUCUGUUGGUAAAAUGGAAGUUUGGGGGCCGAAGAAGCUUCGGAAGAUUAAGAAGUAGGUUAUAGUUGCUUGGGAAUCAAGGUAGUAGUAUCAACAAUAUACCUAUUUCAGAAUUAUAUCAUGUUUAAAUAAAAGAUAGACGAUACUGUUGUAAUUGCUAUCAAUAAAUGGGACAUGAAAACAUCCAUCGUUUCUUUA